AUGUCGUUCCUCAAGAAGCCCUUCAGGAAACUGAAGGAUAUGAGCAAUAAUAACUCGACACUCGACAAAUCAAUCACGGAAAAUUCGGCUCCUAGCAAAGUCGAAGGGGUCAAUAGUUCUACGGGGUCCGGCACUGAUAGCCCAAAUGCCAAGCCCAAUGGUGCUUCAACUCCCAUUACCAGCAGCACCUCUACUCCAAGAUUGAACGGCGAUUCGAAGCGUCAGAGUCGGGAAGUCAUUCAGGCUGAGAGGGCGAGGAAGAGUAUGGAUCGGGAACGGGCAAAGGUGGAAACAAAGAAGAGGGAGUCGAUGGCUAGAAUAGAGGACGAGAGGUUUUUACAGGAGGGACCACCAUCGCUCACGAAAUUGUACCGGCCAUACAGUAUGAAUCAGAGCAAGAGAUGGACUCACGAGGAUCGGCUUUUGUUCAAGAACUUGGAUUGGGAGAAAUUGGACGGAGAGGUCAUUACUUUCCGAGCUCGGAUACAUACCCUCCGCCGCAUGAGCGCGAAACUGGUCUUCAUUGUUUUCCGGCAGCAGACCAUUACAAUACAAGGAGUCUUACAGAGUUUCAAAGCUCGACAUGAGCUGAAAGCGGGAGAAGAAAAUGAAGGCACCAUCUCCGAGCAGAUGGUGCGAAGCGUUGAGCAUUAUCCCACCGAAACAAUCGUUGUGGUCAUUGCGAGAGUUCGAAAAGCACCCAAGCGAGUCAAGAAUGCAACGGUCCAUGACCACGAGCUCGAGGUGUGGGAAGUGCACAGGGUUGGGCAAUUGACAGAAAAUGUCCCUUUCACAGUCUACGAUGCGGAGAACAUCAACAGAGACAGAGAAGAUGUUGAUGACGAGGAAGAUGAGAGCUCGAUGUCGUCGUUAUACCCCUCGAAUGGUGAUACACCUGCAGACAACACUCCUAGAAUUGGGACCCCCAAACAAGGAACUCCUCGUACUUCAACAGAUUUCUCUCGAUUCUCGCCUGACAGAGACAGCAAAGGCCGUGCUUCCAAGGACAUCUUUGCAAGUCGAAGCAGUAUGGAUUUCUUCAGACAGCAACGAUCCCUUCCCCAAAGAGUUCGUCUCAACAACCGAAUCGUCGACUUACGAACUGCCCCCGCUCAAUCAAUCUUCCGUAUCCAAUCUGGAAUCUGCAACCUCUUCCGCUCCUAUCUCGAUGGCAAAGGCUUUAUUGAAAUCCAUACCCCGAAGCUUCAAGGUGGUGCCUCUGAAUCUGGAGCCACAGUCUUCGAAGUCGAUUAUUUCGGACGGCCAGCUUUCCUUGCACAAUCUCCCCAACUUCCAAAGCAAAUGUGUAUUGCUGCCGAUUUCGAAAGGGUGUACGAAAUUGGUCCUGUUUUCCGAGCAGAAGAUAGCAACACGCCCCGGCAUUUGACCGAAUACACCGGCUUGGAUCUCGAGAUGGCGUUGGAAGAGCAUUAUUACGAGGCUCUGACCAUCAUCGAUGGAAUGUUCAAGAACUUAUGGCAAGGAAUUUAUGAUCGAUACCAGAAAGAAAUCGACGUCAUCUCUCACUUCUAUCCCCACGACAGGGUCCAAUGGCUGGAAGAGACACCAAGAAUUCCCUUCUCCGAGGGAGUCAAGAUGCUGAUCGACGAUGGCUGGGUCGACGAAGACGGAAACCCACCUUCUGAGCUAGAAGAUCUUGCCACCAGAGCAGAAAUUCGUCUCGGUGCCCUCGUCAAAGAAAAGUACAAGACCGACUACUACAUCCUGGACAAAUUCCCCUGCUCAGUCCGCCCCUUCUAUGCCAUGCCCGACCCAACCGACGACCGCUUCACCAACUCCUUCGACAUCUUCAUGCGAGGACAAGAGAUCCUCACAGGAGGACAACGUAUCCACGAUGCUCGAUUCCUCGAAAAACGCAUGAAAGCUAAAGGUCUGAAGCCCGAAUCCAUGCUCGAAUACCUCGAAGGCUUCCGCUGGGGCGCGCCACCGCACGCAGGCUGUGGCAUUGGAUUAGAACGGCUCACCUACCUUUUCUUGAACCUCGGGAACAUCCGCCUGGCCUCCCUCUUCCCACGAGACCCGAAGUCACUCCCUGCCCGUCCGCCAACGCUCAAACUCCGGCACGAAGAAGCAAGUACCACGAACCCACCCUGGGAGCGCACGGAUCUGGAGAAUAACCCGACAGAAGGAAUCACCGAUCGAGAGAAGCAAUUGCAGCCGUUAGAGAAGUUAAUCGCCAACUACGGCGACGCAGCAAACACAUCUUGGCUCGACAAGCGGUACCACGUAUGGCGACACGCCAGCACAGGGGCAGCACAAGGCUACGUCAUCUCCCACAACUUCGCGAUCGCCGUCGGGGAGCCCUUGUGCUCGAAACAGCAGUACCCUCAAAUCGUCUCCGCGUACCUGCAGUUCCUGAAAGAAGAGCACAAGGAGCUGAAGCCGCUGUGGAUGAUCGUUGGGCCCGACAUCGAGGAGUACCUCGGCGAGAAGUUCCUCUGGCGUACUCUCGCCUGUGCCGCAGAAGAGCGCGCCGACCCUCGCAACAACCCGGCGAACAAAGACAAGGACCUCGCGCGCAAGAUCCGCCACGCCGAGAACGAGGGCAUCAAGGAAAUCGACGUGCCCGUCGGAGCGCCCGUUGAUUCCGAACUCCAGGCUAAGAUCGACAAGAGAAUCGAGGACUGGCAUAAGAACCGCAAGGGCACGCAAGUCCAUUUAACGCAAAUCAGACCUUGGAUCGACUGGGAACACAGACGCUAUUACUACUCCGUCGGUCCAGACGGCACGAUCCACGCUAUCUGCGUCCUGCACCAGUUGAGUCCGCAGAAUGGCUACCAAGUCAAAUUCAGCCUCGAGUUCCCCGGUGCCCCGUCCGGCACGAUCGAGAGCCUCAUCCUGCACUCUAUGCGCGCGAUCGCGGCCAGUGAUGCGGAGUGCAAACAAGUCACCUUCGGCACUGGGGCGAUGAAUACGCUGGAGGGGGGACGCAAUCUGGGCAAGACGAAGGUGCGGGCGUUGAAGAAGGCGUACGAGGCGAUUAAUCGGCAGUUUAAGUUGACGAACAAGAGCGAAUUCCGCGAGAAGAUGGGCGUGAGGAAUGACCCUGUUUUUGUUGCGUAUCCCCGAGGGGGACUGGGAGCCGGCGGGAUUCAGGCGUUGAUGGCGUUCUUGAAGGAGGAUGGUUAG